CCCUUCGCACCGCCGCUGCUUCCGUGGGACAUUCUGAGAGGGAGCUGUAGAAGCCAUACUACCGGUGGAGGGGUGAAAACUUUGUACCAUGUAGCUCGACAGUUCGGAUUGAGCACACCAGUAGCGCGAUGAACGUCCCGUUGACUGUCACAAAGCAGUCGUCGUUCUCGUACGACCAGCCCAAGUCGCUGCUGCAGCGGUUCCUGAAGGCCCUCUCCGGUCACGUCGGACUGCUGCUAUGCGUCUCUAUCUUCACCAUCAUCGGUGCUUACAUCUUUAUCGAGAUCGAGUUGCCCAACGAGGAGCACCGCUACCUGGUGAAGAGACUCAGGGCCAAAGAUAUCGACGACACCAUGGGCUAUGUGGCCAGACUAUUCUGGUUUGAGAAACACCAGAACUUAACAGAGAAACAGUGGAGCAAAAAGAUGCGCAUCACUCUGAAGAUCAUGGAGACCCAGAUCAUCAACGCUGUGAGCGAGCACCAUUACGACGGCCACGUGCAGACCUGGAACUACGACUGGACGUUCCCCAAGGCGCUGCUCUUCACGUGCAGCAUCGUCACCACGCUGGGGUACGGCCAUAUCUUCCCACACACGGACGCCGGCCAGGUCUUCACCAUCAUCUACGCUACGCUCGGGAUUCCGCUGAUGCUCCUCUUCCUGGCCCGCAUCGGCGACCUCAUGGCCAGCGGCUUCAGACGCGUCUAUAGCCGCGUCUGCUGUACCUGGUGCAGAACCCGCCGAUAUCAGUCGGAAGCCAUCUUUGGAAAAAAGGCCAAACGAGUUUGGGAAGAUGAAAUUGGCCAAGAAGAAUACAUGCCUACGAACCAAGUCCGGGUGCCCGUGGCGAUCCUGAUGGUGCUGAUGCUGCUCUACCUGCUGCUCGGCGCCCAGAUAUUCUCCGUCUGGGAGGGAUGGACGUACAUCGCGGCCUGCUACUUCAGCUUCGUUACGCUUACCACCAUCGGCUUCGGCGAUCUACUGCCCGGCAACAGCUUCUUCACGGAGCCGGAUGAUGCGGAGAGAGCCUGGCAAAUGGUAACAGCCAUCGUCUACUGCCUUCUCGGUAUGGCGCUGGUGAGCAUGUGUCUGCAGAUGGUUCAGCAGCAGGCGGCCGAUCUGGUGCGCUGGGCGGGUGAGGAGCUCGGCCUCAUCGACGACCACCUACGGCCGCGCCUGCGGUACCGGCGCUCCAAGCCGGGCUCUGUGCCCGUCGGCUACUCGGCCCCGCGCGCCGGCCACGACGCCCGCGAGGAGGUCGUGCUGCUCGACGAGGAACCGCGCUCAGGAAAGCGGCGCCGCAAGGGCACCUCGAGCGGGAAGAGCGGGAGGCGGUCCCGACUCAGUCGCCAGAAAAUGGUGAUGGAGUCGGGAGCGGGCGCCGAGGGCGACGGAGUGGCGUCCCAGGACGAACAGCAGCAGCUGGAGGAGUGGGGAAAUGGUGGAGCCGAAAACACACAGCUGGAAGGAAGCCGGGAAGAGGGUAGUGGCGUGCCUCUUACAGAGUCAGAGGAGAUCGAGGAGGAUAGAGAGGAAGAGGAAGGGGAGGAGGACGACGGAUUAGCUGGAGAUGAAGAGUAUUUAGAAGCAGGCAUACAAGAGGAUUGGAUUGAAAAGCAUAAACCGAAAAAGGGGAGUGAAGUUGACAGACUCAUUGAACAAGAGAUGAACAGCGAUGUUUAAAAUUUAGGUCUUUGCGCAUUUUUUACCGACAUACGAUUUUGAAUAGCAUUUAAAGGGACUAUCCCACCUUCUAAAAUGU